AUGGAGCCAGCUAAUGAGCUUAAUGUUGCUGAGCGACAGUCUAAGCUUGAUGGUGCAGACGUGCUGAUAUCAUUGCAAGAGGAGAACAAAUGUGGAACAGAUGAAGAUGGAGAGUUACAUCCUAAUGGUAUUCGCCAUCGUAUCAUUUUACCAGAGGAACAGCUCAGAGAUCGACUUGAUGAGGUUGAACGACUGUCUCAACUUGCCACAAGCGAAUCUCUGCGUGCUGAUGGGGCUCAAAAUGUUUUGAAAGAGGAAGCAUCUGAACUAGAAUCGUUAAUGAGAGGGAUAAAACAGAAAGAUGGUAUAUUUGCAGGGCUAGAAGAUGAAGUGGUGAAAACAGCUGGAAAGCCGGAUAGAAGAAUUGGUUCAAAAGCAGGAAAGGUUGCACUCUGCGCUGAUCGAAGAACGUGCAUUAGUGGAGAGUUCGACAGCUUUUCAUCGGCAACUACGGCACCCAGCUCGCAGGUAUUCGACAAACCAUGGCAGAGAGACCUCCAAAGUUACAUCUAUACUGUGCCAAGAUUAAAUGGUAGUCGACCAUGGUUGUACGACGAAGAUCUAGUUGUUCUGGAUGAAGUGGAAAGUGUUGAUACUCCUGAAAAUGCAGACGCUGAAGCCUCACGAAACGCUUUUCACAGGCGCUUAGACAUCCUACGCUUUCGACAGCCCACAUCAUGCAAGGACUCUCAGGAGGACAAAGUUGCCGGUUUGGAGCUUGAACUGUAG